AUGUCUUCGGAUCACGAACAUGAUGAUGACCGCGAAAUCAAUGUGCUGGACGACACAGAUUCCAGACUAUCACACACAGACAGUGAACCAAGGAGCUCUAGGAGCAGGUGCAGUAGUCCAGAAAACGUAUCUUCAUCCAAUGCGGCUCUCCCCUUUAGUAUAUCGAACCUUCUCGGGAAGAACUUUGACCAAAAGCAAGACGAAGGUGAUAUGGGUGGAUUGUACUCUUCACCAGCAAAUGGACUGUUUCAGCAUCAUCAAAGAAAUGCUUUAAGUUUGAUGCCAGCAGGUUUUUACGGGCAAGGUGUUUUGAGGGUACCUGCCCAUCGGCCUCUGGGAGGUCCAGGGAGUCCACCAAAUGGGGCUGCGGCACUUUUCAGCCCAUGGUCGUUAGGGUUGGACCCAGUUUUGCAAAGAUCAGCGGCUGCUGCUGCGUUCGCUUCACAGGUGGUCAAGGAUCGAUUGGCAGACAUGCCUAAGUCAAGGAAAGGGAAAAAAGAAAAUGGAAGAAAAUUGUGGGAGAAAGGAAGCAUGGAGGAAGCAGUGGCAGCAGUUAGGGAUGGUAGAAUGGGGUAUUUAAAAGCAGCCACGAAGCACCCUUUUCCGGUUAUGUAA